AUGUCAAGUGGAGCAACGCAUUGGUGUUAUGAAUGCAGUCGGCCAAUUGUGCUGGAAGGGAGAGAUAUUGUCUGCCCUUACUGUGAUGAUGGAUUCGUACAAGAACUUGACGAGAUGCGAGGCAUUGCACCUCAAAAUACUCUUCCGUCACGCUCGGGCGAGUUUCAUCAAAUGCCUGACUUAUUUGAUGCUAUUCAUGCUUUUGUGGGGAACAGAGGUUCCGAAAACAGGUUUGGGCUUAUGGACGCUGUUGAUAAUUUCAUGAGACAUAGGAUGGCUGGAAUGCACCCGAACUUUGAUGUUAGAGGGAGGUCCGGUUCGUCUGUCCCGGUUCCUGAACAGAGUUGGGGUGUUUAUAGUUCCGGUCCUUUUUUAGUAUUUCACGGUCAAGUUCCUGGAUUAAACUUACCUAAUGGAAGCUCGAGAGGAGGUCCAAGGCGCGGUGAUUUUGGUGACUACUUUAUGGGUUCUGGACUGGAAGAACUUAUCGAACAACUCACGAUGAAUGAUCGGCGUGGUCCACCCCCAGCUGCACGAUCAUCAAUUGAUGCAAUGCCGACUAUUAGGAUCACCCAAGCGCAUCUUCGCUCUGAUUCACAUUGUCCAGUCUGUAAAGAAAAAUUUGAACUUGGUUCUGAAGCAAGAGAGAUGCCAUGUGACCAUAUUUACCAUUCUGACUGUAUUAUCCCUUGGUUGGUUCAACAUAACUCGUGUCCUGUUUGCCGUGUCGAGCUGCCACCACAAGGACAAGUUAGUUCUCGUGGUGGUAGUAAUCGAGGUUGGGGAGGAAGGAACGGUGGCAACAACGGUGGAAAUGGUAGCUCAAGUAACAGGGAGAAUGACCGUCAGAACAAUGGAAGGAGAAAUCCGUUUUCGUUUCUGUGGCCAUUCCGCUCUUCUAGUUCAAACAAUAAUCAAUAUUCUGAAGGAAGCACUUCUUCAACCAAUGCUGACCAGAAUAACGGAACUAGUUACCAUGGAUGGCACGAUAACUAA